AUGGAAGGUUCUAUUAAAAAUUAUACAACAUCAUGGCCAUCUAUGAACGCAACGGCUGAGACGGUCAUUGAUAACAAGCCUAAUGUGUUUAUUAUGGUUCUAAGUGCUUUGUAUGGAGCUGUUUGCUUACUUUCCCUUAUUGGCAAUAGUAUCAUAUGUGCUGUAAUCAUUAAUAGAGGAGUUCAAAAAUCUAACAUAUAUAAAUUGUUACUCAAUCUAUCCUUGGCUGAUUUACUGAUAACUGUUACUAUGCCAUUUUAUGUGGCCUCCACAUUAAUGGGCCAUUUCAUCUUUGGAAUGCUGAUGUGCAAACUUACUUUUGGCUUGAGCCAUUUAGGGUUACGUGUAUCUAUGCUAAUAUUAGCAUUAAUUAGUUAUGAUCGUUAUCGAGCUCUUGUUGGUAAACGUUGGCAAGGUAUGUCAUCAUUUACUAUUAAUUUGUUAAUCCUACUGAUUUGGUUAAUCAGCAUUGGCGUUGUUAUACCUCAGUGGAUGCAUUUAACAGUCAAUAAGUUUGAUGGCUUGGAUUACUGCCAAGAAGACUGGCCUAUAGACACCUAUCGUACUACUUAUAUCAUCUGUUUAUUCGUUAUUUUAUCCGUUAUCCCUUUAAUAUUUAUAGUCGUUUGCCAUGCCAAAAUUGCCACUCAUUUUAACAAGCUAAUAGAAGAUCAGACAUUACAGGCUGCUGCUACACAUCGGCAACGAGUCAUUAAAAUGCUUGCUUUAGUGGCUGUAUUCUUUAUUCUUUGCUACUUCCCCUAUCAAAUAUUUUAUGUCAUCGUUUUAUUCCCCAAUAUCGGUAUUGAUUAUCGAAGUGCAGUUUUUGUAGCUGCUAUAUUACGUUUUAUAAUCAACAUGCAUUCUUGUGUUAAUCCUAUUAUUUAUGGAUUAUUUAGUACAAAGAUGCGUGAUGAUAUCAAAAGAUUAACUAUUAAAUCAGCAAGAUCAUCAACACAGUUGUCUCUAUCCAAAGCUAGUUUUGAUAGUCGCUUUUCAAAAUCUUCAUCAACAUGUCCAUUAGGCAAAAAAAAGCCUAUUCUAACUGAUCUGCUUAAUGUAAUACGAGUAUAUAACUCCGUUAUGAGAUUAAAGGAGAAGAAAUAA